GCCCGUGGCGCAGCUCAGCGCCGCGCGCUCUUCACGUGCCCGGGGCGCGCUCACACGGCGCUGCUGCGUGAGGGGGGAAGGCUGGGCGAGCGCCGGCUUGCGGCGGUGUCGUAUUUCAGGCGCCUGCGGAAGGCUGCGCCGCUCAAACUCGCGCUGAUCCUCGUCCGGAUCGCAGCCUCCCUCCGCCUCUCUCUCUCUCCCUCGGAGCAGCGCGGCACUUGUGGUAGAACGGCAGCUCGCCCCUUCCUUUCGCCCGGGAGAAAGCCAAGGCAUCGCCCCGCCGAAAUGUGGCUCUCGGUCUUCCGCCUGUGCCUGCUGGCCGCGGUGGCCUGGCCCGGCCCGGCCAGGGGCGAAGUGGUGGUGGCCCCGGCGGGCUUCGCGGACUGCGACGCCUUCUUCUACCAGGGGGCGCCCCCCGAGGGGUUGCUGCCGGCUGCCGCGCCCGUGAGGAUCUGCCAGAAGUUCAAGCAGGAGCCGCGCUUCGCCACCCUGUACAGCACGCAGGACAAGAUCCCGCUUUACGCGGCUUUUCGGUACGCAGGAGAGGAAGAAGCCGCUUCCGCGGAUCCGGACGAGGAGGAGAAGUGGUUGGUGGAACCGCAGAUAGAUGAUCCUGAAAAUGGCUUGGAAGGAAUGAUGCCCGAAGCUGAGGUGACAGGUUCAGUGGACAACCUGGGAGUGAACCAGGCCCUCACUGCAGACUACGUGGACUCUGGCUAUGAGAGGGGGCAACUCAACCCCAGCUCCCUUCACAAGGAUGACCACCAGGUAGCCACCCACACGCUGACCAAUGCUGUGCCGAUGACCCCUCCUCUUCAGGAGGUUUGGCACUGGGAGGUCAAGAACCUGGUAGGCCGAAGUUUGGCUCCUCACUGUGAAAACGGGAAGGACCUCUAUCUCCUCUCAGGAGCCGUUCCUUCUACCCUCCGAGUGAAAGACAGAGUCGCAGUCCCCGAGUUCCUCUGGCUGGCGGCCUGCUGUGACGAUGGCUCUGAGGCCUGGUCUGUGGGAUUUGUUAAACCAGUGGCCCCCGAGAGCCGCCUGGAAGACGUCACUGUGGAAGCACUCGAGAAGAACCUUUCUGCAGGAGCCCAGCUGUUUAAGAACAACUGCGGCCAAGACAGGCACGACCCCAAGAAACUGGAGACAGUGUUGCGCUCGGCGAAACAGACCCGGGUUGAAAAACCGAUAAUACAAGGGAAAAAGUCCACCAAGAGCCACCAGAAAGACACCACAAAGAAGGAGGGUGAUGGCUUUCUGAAGAAACUGUUUAAUUACUUCAUGGUCCCACUCUUCCAAUGGUUGAAGAGUUUUUUCUACCUGAUUUGCCAAGGAGUGAAGUUUAUCUUUUGUCUUCUGUUUCGCAUCGUCAGGUGCAUUAUCAGGAGCGUGUGCACUUUCAUCAAAGCGAUUUUCACUGCGCUGCUGAAUGUCUUUAUUGACGUGUUCCGGGUGGCUGUCAACAUCCUGAAUGGCAUUGCGAACAACAUCUACAAUGUUCUAAUGGCUAUGUACAGGGUUAUUAGUAUCCCUGUCUGCUUGAUCCUGGAUAUCGUGUCCUUCCCGUUUUAUGUGCUGGGUGCAAUCCCAUCUGUCCUUAAAGAUAUCGCUACAGGCGUCGGUGGGUUGUUCCUCCACAUCAUUAACGCCACGACUAGCAUUGUAAAGGGCCUAAAUUAUGUUGUUUCUCAGAUAGCCAAAAGAUUUCUUCCUAAGAUUGUGUCUGGCGCUUAAAAGCAGCGUGAAACCUAACGGCAAAGAACUCCCCCCUUCCUCACCCACCCCAAACGAAGCAAUACUUUCCGAUACGUUGCUAAUCUCCAGCUGUUCCUAUAAGUAUUUAUUGUGGUGACAUUAUCAGUGAUGAACCAAUGUUCUGGUAACAUGGGUGAGCUACGUGGCGUCCAAGGGGAAUUUUAUGGCAAAUUAAAAGUUCACUUAUUGUAAAA